CCAAGAAUUCAAGCUACGGGCCAUCCUAUUUUUUGAUCUAUUAUUUUCUGUUUGCAUGUAGAGUAAAAGUUUCCAAAAUUUUCUGUCUUAGUUGGAGGUAAGGACUUAUCAAAGGAUAUACUCCAUUUGACGUUUACUUGUGCAAGCUACUUCCUUUCGAAAAGUUGUUAAUUAAGUACAGUAAGUUAGGUGAAGUUUUGAAAUUAGUAUAUAAAUCUUGGCCUUGGCUGUGACUUACGCAAAUUCACUUCCCGUUCAAGACUCAAAUGUUCUUCUUUAGAAAAUACUAUAUUUUCUGGUGAGUAUUUAGUCAGAUAGAGGCAUGUCAUCCAGUAGAAAAAGUAGUACAAAUUCUAGUGAAGAUGAUGCUAAGCAGCUCAGAAGAGGACCCUGGACUCUGGAGGAGGACUCUAUCCUCAUUCAUUACAUUGCUCUACAUGGCGAAGGCCUAUGGAAUUUGCUUGCAAAACGUGCAGGCUUAAAGAGAACUGGCAAGAGUUGUCGGCUGAGAUGGCUAAAUUAUCUGAAACCCGAUAUUAAGCGUGGAAACCUUACUCUACAAGAACAGUUUUUGAUCCUUGAACUCCAUUCCAAGUGGGGUAACAGGUGGUCCAAGAUUGCACAACAUUUACCAGGGAGAACAGAUAAUGAGAUAAAAAAUUACUGGAGAACCCGUGUGCAAAAACAGGCGCGUUAUCUUAAGAUUGAUGCUAAUAGCACAGCAUUUAGAAAUGUUAUUCGAUGUCUUUGGAUGCCAAGAUUGCUUCAAAAGAUGGAAGGGUCAUCCACUUCUUCAUCCAUCAUGACUUCCGAAAACUCACCAGUUCUUCGAUCACUAGACCUAACUUCUCAGCAUCAAGCAUUAAUGACAGUGCAAAAAGUACCAGGGCAGGGGCCUGGUAAUCUGAGUGAAGCAGUACAAUGUUUGGACCAGAAGGAGCAGAAUUCAGACUCAUGUGUUUCUUCUUCAGAAUCUAUGAAUAAUAUCUCGAAAAUUUCUCAAUUUGCAGAAUACCAAACAAGUCCUUUUCGAAUGUUUGAUAACAAUGACUAUAACAUGCUUGCAAUGGAUAGCUAUUAUGUUGAUAAUUUUAAUAACAGUAGUUGCUAUAACAUGGAAAUUAUCAACCAGGCAUCCACAUCAGCACUUGGGGAUUUCGCGAAGCCGGUUGGUGAUUGCCACAUGGCAGAGAACAAUUGGGUUAAUGAUGGUUUUGCAGAUGGGCUAUGGAGCGUGGGGGAACUGUGGGAACUCAGGAGCUAGCAUUGAAGGGGAACCCUUUCAUGUUUUUUUUACAGUUAACCAAUAGUUCAUUUUAGCUUUCAACAGGUUUAUAUUCUGAGUUUAAUUGUGCCAUCAGCCAUGGCAUCUCUUAAGAUUAUUUUUUUUUCCUUUCUUCAAGUUUUUGUCCAAAAGUUACAGCAACUGUGAAUUCAAAGUUUUUUAAG